AUGUCGAUUCAAGAUUCAGGAUAUCAUUAUCCUGACACUCCACCCCUUCGAUUUUCUUCACAGGAGCUUUCUGACUCGACAAUAUCCGUCGCCUCAACCUCCAAAUCGCAAAUUCAAAAAGGACUGUACCAGACGCUGAUUGCCAAUUCUAAUCCUUCUUCUUCUAUUCAGAAUAAUGUAGCAGCUUUGUCCGCUUCUCGCGCACCAACUUAUCCCCGUCAUACAAAGCGAGCAAGGCGAACAAAAAGAUCAAAGGCAGAAGCACCAAGUAUAAAACGGGCACGAAUGCAUCGAAGCAAAACGACAAGCGAUUUAUCAUCCCUUGAAAACAAGGCAUUAGCCAUAAAGUCAAAACCCUCCAGCACUUUAUCGAAUUCACAGUCUUCAGAGAAUAUUCCAACUGCCUCUGAAUUAAAAUCCCGCAAAGCUACUCUUGAAUCUCGCUUCCAUCGCUUGUCAAAAGCUCUCGCUGAAUACUACUCUAGCCAAAUGGAAAAAGCAGAACAUGGUAUUCAUACAAAUAAACACCCUGUGAUUAAUCAGGAGCUUCAACUUUUCGCUGCCGAUUACGAUUAUCGGAUACGAAUCUCUACUAAUUCAGCAACCCUUAUUCAACGUCAGUUAGAGCAUUACCUUUCCUACAGGCUCCAAACAAUUUCAAAAAACUAUCAAAGGUAUGCUAUGCUUAUACGGCAACACUUAUUAUGCAAAACGAUGAAACGGUAUCAAAAUCUGUGUGGACGCCGUCUAUACGAUAACAUGACUCCAAUAUCCAACCCUUCUACGACCCAGCAAGAAUUUAAGCCAGCUCAACAAAUUUCCGAAUCUACCUUACCUCGCGUGGCCCCUAUAUUCUUACCUCAAAUCCCAAGUGUCCUUUCCGACCAACAAGCCCUAGAUGAUUUGGCUCUUUGCAAUGUCUAG